GGGCUGGGCGGGAGAGAGAGAGAGAGAGAGAGAGUGUCCCCUUCCCAGCAGCCGAAGGAGGGACCCAUGGGCACAAAGUCCCCUUUGAGCCAGCAUGGAAGGGGUCUGGGCCAGGGACUGGGAGAAGCUUUCCUGGCUGGUCCUGCAAGGGAUGAUUCCAAGGCUUUUCCAGGGACGUCCAUUUCUUUCUGCAGCUGUCAUCCUUGGGAACUGUAUGUGGAUUAACUGACUCUACUGGCAUGUUUAUGGAGCUGCUUUUGGCUUGUUCUCCAUUUCUUGGAAACUGUCUAUGACUGGAUGAGAAUGCCUCGAACAAAACAAAUAAAUCCGAGAAAUUUGAGAGACAAAAUUGAAGAAGCACAAAAAGAACUUAAUGAAAGUGAAGACCCACAAAAAGAUAUCUCUGAGGCUGUUGCAAGAGGAAGUGGUAUAAAGCGCAAAAAGAUCAUAACUGGGAACCAUCAGACGAAAAUACCAAAAUCACCUUUGAGAACCCCUUCGCGAGCAAAAUCUAAAGAUAAAGGAGAAGGCCCUAUUUCAUCUUCAAAAAUUCUUCCCGAUACUUCAGAGCUCCUAAAAGAAGUACAUAGUUUGUGCACACAAAAUGGGAAACAAAAAAAACAAAAUGUGGGAAUGCUUAGCAGUGAGGUAGCCAUUAAAACAAUCAAAUCUGAGACUUCACCACAUAGCAAGCUGUCUCUGUUACCUCAGUCCUUGGACUUGAAUAAAUGGCCGGUAGAAGACUCCAGUUCAGCCCAACCAGUUAAGAAAAGUUCCACUAGUUCUUCAAGUACAACCAAGGUUGACAAUAAUGAAUGUACUAACUUCGUUGAUUGUAAUAAUACAUCCUCCUGUACAAAUACUGCAUUUGAUGUCUUAUUGAAAGCUAUGGAGCCUGAGUUGAACACCUUAGCACAAGAGUGCCCUUCUAGUGGAAUGCAAAUAGAACAACUGAGACCAAAUAAAACUAUAAGCGCCUCUUCUUCUCUCACAUCCAAUACUUCGAGUGGCCGAAGUCCUGCUGCUUUGCUACAAAAAGAUUUUGUAGCUGGAUCUCAGUUUUAUCCUUGCACUUCACAAACCGUGCAUGUAGCGACAUCAGGGAAGACUGAACAAGCACAGAUACACUCAGUUGCUCAGUCACAAGAGCAAGUUCUUGCUAAGGCUGGACAACAAAACCAACAAAUUGCAGUGUGCCCCAGUUUCACUAACACACUAGUAGAUCAGCCAAAUCAGGAAAAUCACAAGCUUCAACAGAUAUACAGUAUAGCAGUAACUUCUUCAAUAAUCAACCCCCAAUCGUCUAUUACUCAGGCAUUUUCUCAAAACCAGCUAGUAGCAAAAUCGUCUUCUUCUUUGUCAAUUCAUCCAUCUAGCUCCACUACCCAGUUACCUAUAGCACCUUUGUACAAUUCAGCUCAGAUAGCUUCAGUUGUCAGCCAUGGUGUAGAACAAAUAUGUAACCUUCUGAAAGUUCAGAAGCCUAAAAAAAUGGGGAAAUACGUCUGUGAGUAUUGUAACAGGGCUUGCGCCAAGCCUAGUGUUCUCCUGAAGCACAUCCGCUCUCAUACAGGAGAACGACCAUACCCUUGUGAGACUUGCGGAUUUUCUUUUAAGACCAAAAGCAAUCUGUACAAGCACAAAAAGUCUCAUGCGCAUGCCAUCAAACUUGGGCUUGUCCUCCAGCCAGAUUCGAGUGGGUUGUUUCUCUCCCAUGAAUCAGACAAAGCACUUAGCAUCCAUUCAGAUGUGGAAGAAAGUGGUGACAGUGAUGAUGAAGGCACAGCUGAUGAAAGACAAGAUGACCAAGGAUCAUUAGAACUGGAGAUUGCACCAGUAAUGAAAACCUCUUCUGUUUCUGAAUCAUUGCACAAAGGUAGUCCCAUCCCACUAAGCAAUCCAGAAUAUAUGUUGGGUGACUCUUCCUUUCAAGACUCAGCUUCACAAGCAAAACCAGCUUUGCCUAAAGUGAUAGUUUACCCUAUGAACAUUUCUCCUUUAAGAUCUGAUAGCCCCAAAGUAGCAGACUCAAACUCUGUAGUUUCUACAAGCCAACAACAUGGGGACCUGAAAGUCAAAGGUGGGAAACCAAAUUUACCCCUCCUUGAUUUUGUAAGGGAGUCUGAUACUAAGCAAAAUCAGAAAACAGAAACAAAUAUUUCUGAGGAACAGCUUGUGACAUCUGUGGGGAUUGCAAUACAUGCACAGCUACAAAGGCAGCAGGCAACAGAUUGUCCUCAGGACCAGCAAGCAAAAUGUCUUCUGAGCCCACGAAGUUUAGGUAGUACUGAUUCAGGCUACUUUUCACGUUCAGAAAGUUCAGAUCAGACUAUGAGUCCACCAGCUCCAUUUAUGAAGGGAUUAACCACUUCUGAAAAAGACGCAAGUAAGGGUUGUGUGCCACGUAUGAGCAAUACUGUGCCAUCUGUUGUUCAGACUGACAAGACACUGCUUUCAUCUGGCCAGAUGAGGCCACCUCUAGCAACUAAAACUCUUGAAGAACGCAUUUCAAAAUUAAUAUCUGAUAAUGAGGCUGUGGUGGAUGACAAACAGUUAGAUAGUGUGAAACCACGGAGAACAUCCCUUUCAAGAAGAGGCAGUAUUGAUUCUCCAAAGUCCUACAUUUUUAAAGAUUCCUUCCAAUUUGACCUAAAACCAAUGGGUAGAAGAACUAGCUCAAGUUCUGAUAUACCAAAGUCUCCUUUUACUCCAACUGAUAAGUCAAAGCAAGUUUUUCUCUUGUCUGUACCAACUCUUGACUGUUUACCCAUAACAAGAAGCAAUUCUAUGCCCACUACCAGUUACUCAGCUGUACCUACAAACGUCGUACCUCCCACACACAUCCUACGUGGAAGCCAGUCUUUUGAUGAUAAAAUUGGCUCUCUGAAUGAUGAUGUUUUUGUGCCAGGACCUACUGCUCCCCAAAUCCAAGGUGGACACCCCCGCACCCUUGUUCGCCAAACAGCAAUAGAAGAUUCUUCGGCCACUGAAGGACACACUUUUGGACCAUCACGUUCCGUAGAUGAAAGCUAUGGAUGUAGCGCAUCAAAUGAAUUUUUAUUGGCAAGAAGCAAGUCUUUUGUACAAGGGCCAAAUAUGGAUAAAAAUAAAAAGUCACAUCAAGGCAGAGGAACAAUGUUUGAGUGUGAAACUUGCAGAAACAGAUACAGAAAAUUGGAAAAUUUUGAGAAUCAUAAAAAGUUUUACUGCUCAGAGUUACAUGGACCAAAAACCAAGGCAGCUGUUAGAGACUCUGAACAUAAGACAGUCUUGAACAGUACACAACCUCAAAUCCUUCACUAUAAAGUUGCCACCUCAACAGGGGUCUGGGAACAGACAUCUCAAAUCAGAAAAAGACGGAAAAUGAAAAGUGUUGGUGAUGACGAUGAUGAGCCAGCAACACAUGAUGCUACUCAUUUGUCAAAAGGUCUGGUAAAGUCAGAGUGUCAAGUUAAAAUAGGUAAUGUGGUCAAUCUCACCAAGCAUACUUCUGCUCUUUUAGAUUUACACAGCAUUUCGCUUCAGAAACUGGCACAAGAUGAACUGGAGCCCCAAAGCACCAAACAUACCAUGGAGCCAAAGAUGUUAUUGCAGGGAGCAAAACAGAUUGUUCCAAGUACACAGGAAAAAAAUGAACUGAAAAGACAAGGGGCUGGGAUUUCAGUAAUACAGCACACAAACUCCUUAAGCAGACCUAGUUCUUUUGAAAAAUCGGAUUCUUUUGAAAGAGUAUCUCCAGUUUCCUUUCAGGAUACUAACAAAGCUGUAAAGCUCCAUUCCUUGAAUACCGUUAGAGUUCAAGAGGAAAAGCAUUCCCUUCUGAGUGCCUCCCACCCCCCACAAGUCAUAGAGACAACUAGAGUUAUGCUUCAUGAACGCCCACUUACCUCUAAUGAGAGAAAUGCCCCAGUGCAGCCACUCAGGCUUGUUCGUCAACAUAACAUCCAAGUUCCUGAAAUACUUGUCACAGAGGAACCAGAUAAAGACCAAGAAUGCCAGUGUAGUGAUCAGGAGAAGACAGAAAAAUUUAACUGGCCCCAACGUAGUGAAACGCUAUCAAAGCUACCCACAGAAAAGCUUCCACCCAAAAAGAAAAGAAUUCGAUUGGCUGACAUUGAGCACUCUUCUGCUGAAUCAAGCUUUGAUUCAACCCUUUCCAGAAGUUUAAGUCGAGAAAGUAGUCUAUCACGUACAUCUAGUUUUUCAGCUUCUUUUGAUAAAGAUGAUGUCUCCAAGAAUGAGAGUGCUUCCAAAAUGGAACCUACUAAAUCCCUGGAGUUCCUUCCAAUUCCUACCGGUUCAAAUACGCUCAGUGUGCCUGGUUCUCAAUACAGAGAGAUGCGACGUGCUGCUUCUGAGCAAAUUAAUUGUACCCAGCCAUCUAUGGAGAUUGCAGACUAUAGAAGCAAGUCAUUUGAUUGUGGGGCAGUAACUCCAUCUAAGUCUCCAUCACCUACAGAGACAUCUGCUACCAAACUGUCAUCUGGCAGUAGUGGUGUGGGACAUGUCCCUCUGUUAGAAAGGAGAAGAGGGGCCCUUGUACGACAGAUAUCAUUAAAUAUUGCUCCGGAAAAGAACCAGCCUGACAUCAUGUCAAAUCCUUCCUUUCAAAUUGCUCCUACAACAGAUGUUUCCAUAGCAUCUUUUCAGAGGUUGCAGAAUUUUGGGAAUCCUUCUGAAGAAUUAACUUCAGGUUCUCAACUCCCACAGAUUUACAGCAACCCAUUGCAUGAGUCAGUGAAAAGUAACAGUUCUCUUGCCCUGCCUUCUAGUGAACAGUCUUUCAGCAGUGCUUUGCGUCACCACAACCAUCAAGCUUCACUCAGUCAGCAUUCCCAACCAUCCCAUAAAGGACCAGCACUUGGAACUCAGAAAGGAAAAAGCAUGAUUACUAGCCAAUACAGUGUACAGGAUGAUUGCUUUGCUCCAAAAUAUCAACUUCAAGUUAAAGCACUGCAGGUAGGACAGCAAUACUCUUUAGGUCUUCCAGGCACAGAGCCGGUUGGCACUUUACUAGAGGUCCAUACAAAGUUAAGUGACAACUUGUCCAAGCCAUACGUGACACAAACCUUGCAACAAACUGUUCCCAAUGGCUGCAAUAGUCGGAUGUAUCAAAUUCCCCCAUUUGUUGUCCCUGUUCGAAUUCAUAGUAAUAUUCCAUCAUAUGGCUUAGCUACGGUUGCCCCCCUUCCUCGAAUUUUAGUGACCCAGGACCAGUCUCUUUGCAAACUGAAUACUUUAUCUGUGCCAACAGUCAAAGAUCAAAUUCAUCUGCCAAAGUCUCACAAAGACCAUCCAAGGUCUUUGCCAAGUUCACAGCCAACACCUGCAUUUGAAGACUUGAUUUAUGAGGCAGAAAGCAAAACUUUGGCUGCAUUGGGGUCCUUAAAUACAAUCCAGAAAGCACCAGCUGGUGGACUCUUCCCUCAACAGGAAGCCACAGCCUCAAGUAAACGUAUGCUCUCCCCAGCCAAUAGUUUAGACAUUGCCAUGGAAAAGCAACAGAAGCGCGUUAAAGAUGAAAGUGGUGCUGCUUGCACAACAGGUUCCGUAUCACUGAAUUCACCAAAGGCUAGCGAGCCAAAUAGGCAAAAGAAACCCCUCCUAGUGCGGCAAAUUUGCACCACUGAGCCCCUUGAAAAUUCCUCAUUGGAUCAAGAUGACCAGGGCAGAGGAGUCAAUAUGUCAUCAGAUAUGCUGUUGCCUGGGUCAAUUGAAUCUGCUCAAUCUGGCAGUUCUUCACACACAAAUGAACUUUUAGAACACAACCUACCAACCUCUGGCACUGUAGGUUUUGCAGUGAGAAAGCCACUUGAAUCAGCUUUGUUGAACAGCCAGACGUCAUAUUUCAAAGUUCUUGGUAAUGGUCAAGAAAGGCUGCCUCCAGGAGUUAAUAAGGAAGCUAAGCAAUCCUUUGUCCAAAGCCAAGCAAAAUCUGGAUCCACUGUCUCUGUUGUAAAUGUGGGUGACAUGCAACACCAAUCUUUUCCAAGCUUAAAUACAGCAACAAGCUUUACUUGGUGUUUCCUUUUAAAAAGGAAGCCUGUGCAUCUGUUACAGAAUGAACAAAAGACUUCAGCAUAUACUUCGUGGUCUGUCAGUGCUAACAAUUCUAAUCCACUUGGUUUGCCAACAAAAGUUGCUCUUUCUCUUCUGAAUUCAAAACAGAAAGCUGGGAAAUCUUCCUAUACUCAAGCAAUAAGUACGAACUUUAAAGCUGACAUACUGGUUUACUCAAGCAAGUGGAAGAACAACUUACUUAAGCGGGCAUUAGUUAAACAAAAGAAAGCAAGGGAAUUGAGCAAUAAAGAAAACUCUGAAACAAGCACUGAUCAAGAAAAUGAGACCUCAGCCAGAAGUGAGCCCAGAAGAGUUAAAAUAUUUGAUGGAGGGUACAAAUCAAAUGAAGAAUAUGUCUAUGUUCGUGGGAGAGGGAGAGGAAAGUAUAUAUGUGAGGAGUGUGGGAUACGCUGUAAAAAGCCCAGUAUGUUGAAGAAACAUAUUCGCACGCACACAGAUGUCCGCCCUUACCACUGCAACUAUUGCAAUUUUUCCUUCAAGACUAAAGGAAACUUGACAAAACAUAUGAAGUCCAAGGCACAUAGCAAGAAAUGUAUGGAUCUAGGAGUCUCCGUAGGAUCAAUAGAUGAUCAAGAUAUAGAAGAAUACGGUGAAAAGCAGCGUCUGGGUUAUGAUCGGUCUGGAUUUGAUGCAGAGGAUUCAGAUGGGCCAGAUGAUGAUGACAACGACAACGAAGAUGAUGAUGAUGACAGCCAAGCUGAAUCGGUUUUAUCUGCCACCCCCUCUGUUUCAGCCAGUCCCCAACAUUACCCAUCUAGAAGUGUUUCUCAGGAGAUCUCAAGUGCUGAUGAAGAGAUCAGAAUUGCAGAUUGCUUUGCUGGGGUUCACACAGACUCUAUGGAUGGCCUGCCAAAAGCACUUCUCACAAAGAUGACAGUACUUAGUACCAUGCAGUCGGACUGCAGGAGCUCAGAGCCACCAGUAGCAGUUGUGCCUGGACAAGCAAAUGAAGGAAACACACUAGACACAACCCCAGGGCCUGCUGACUCCUCUGAGACGAAUCCCAAGUCUCCAUGCCAUCCAAUGUAUGUGGACUAUCCAGAUACAGACGGGACACUACGAUGUUCUGCUACUGUGCCUACUAUCACUACUUCAGUAACAUCUAAGAGCACAACUUCUACAAGAUUUCCCUCUCCACCUGUGGACCGGAGUACCCAAACGACAACAGUUAUUCCUACUUUGGCCUCAUCUUUUCCCGAGAUCCAAGAGCGGAAGCUUGAGGACCAUCAUCAGCCAGCCAUGAAAUCUCCAUCUCCACAGACUCACUUAUUUAGCCACCUGCCUUUGCACUCUCAGCAACAAACCAAGACUCCUUAUGGCAUGAUUCCCGUGGGUGGGAUCCAUGUGGUACCUACUGGCUUGGCCGCCUACUCUACUUUCCUGCCCUUUCAGGCUGGGCCAGUGCAGCUUACUAUCCCGACUGUUAGCGUGAUCCACAGAACUACAAGCUCUCUUGGCGAUCCGGCCUGUGUGGUCUCUGGAACCGCAAGUCACCUGGGCGUUGCUGAAGUGAACAGUGUUGUCCCCUGCAUCCCAAUAGGCCAGAUUAAUGUACCAGGCAUCCAGAGCCUGAGCACAUCGACCUUGCAGCCUCUUCCAUCCCUGGGCAUGGAAGCCAUGAACAUCUUAGGCCUAACCAACACCAACAUUGCUCAGCAGAUAAACCCUACAGGAUUAACACUAAAUGCUGUAGGACUACAAGUGUUGACUGCUAACCCUGCCCCUCAAAGUAACACUCCCCCUCAGGCACACAUUCCAGGUCUGCAAAUAUUAAAUAUAGCACUGCCGACUCUGAUCCCUUCGAUCAGCCCCGUGACUUCAGAGGGACAAGGCGUUCCAGAGAUCCCAGCGACCAACAGCAAGCCCUGCGAACCUUGUCCGGAUCCAGGUUCUGGGAGUUUUUCCAGGAACUCGGCUAAGAUUGCCAGUGCCCUGCCUCCUCAGGUGGUACCUGCCAACCAGCGGUACAGCAUUGAAAACCCACUGGAACCGGCUCCUUUGAGCGAGUACCAACUGCAUGAAAGGCUAGGUAAACUGGAUGCUGAAAAGCCUGACUCGGAGAGUCAUACAAAACCAAAGUGCAAUAUCAAUUCUGUUCGGGUCGAACAGGUUUCUACAUCAAAGCCUCCCAUGAAGGUGAAUUCUGACAUUUUAUCCACUUCCCCCAGAAAUCAGACUAUUUCUCUAGACAGACCAGUACAAAGGCGAAAAGGGUUGCCGGAAAGACAGAAUACUGUGGAGUUCAGCGACGGCAGCAGUGAUGAUGAAGACAGACUUGUAAUAGCAACCUAGCGUUUUUGGUUUUAUGUUGGGUUGUGUGCGCGUGUGGGUGUGUGUUUUUGUUUUGUGUGUGUGUGUGUGUGUGUGUUUUUAAGUAACACUUACUAGGUUUCUUUGCAAACCUCCCUUUUACUUAAAGCACAUUUUUUUCUGACACAAACUCAUUUAUUAAUCUUUGUGCAAUCAUGAACUCUCGACCAAUAAUUGUUUCUUGUCAACUCCGGCCAUUUUUUGUACAUGUUGUAUAGACUAUUGUGCCUUUUUUUUCUUUUUUUGGAGUUCUAUGUUUAGAAGACUGUACAGAUUGUCAAAAUUAUAUAUUAUAUGUAUAUUAAAAACCAAUUAGUUACUUGUGUUUCGUAAGCAAAAACAAAAUUUAAAAAAUCCUAUGUUGAAUGAAAUAAAUUAUAUGUUGCACUGUUAAAUGUAAUUUUUUAUGGCUGUGGGGUGACAUUUGUGUGUACAGAAUGAGUAUGUACAAUUCCAUAUUUAUUGUACCCAUAUUAGUCUUGGGGGGAAGGGUCUGUCCAUCUUUCUUGUGUACAAUAUUAGCUUUACACUUUAAAAAAAUCCAGUCUGUGUUAUUGAAUUCUUUCAGUAAAAUUUUUGUUUACUGACUUUA